AUGCCUUUAGAUAUUAAUAAGUUAAUUCAACCUACCGAUGCUUAUAAUCCAGAGCUUACAGAUCCUAUCUUGCAACCUUAUAAAUACAUAUCAGAAGUCCCAAGCAACAACCAGAAUGUAAGGACCAGGUUUUUACUUGCAUUCAAUGAAUUGUUCUACCAAGUCGAAGAUGAGGAGUUACUUCAUAAAAUCAGUGAUAUAAUUUCAGUUUUUCAUAAUUCAUCGUUGUUGAUUGAUGAUAUAGAGGAUGAUUCACAGAUGAGACGUGGAUUACCAGUAGCACAUAUUGAAUAUGGUAUUCCUUUAACUAUCAAUUGUGGUAAUAUGAUGUAUUUUGUUGCCGUGCAAAAAGCUAUUGAUCUAAAUGGUAAUUCAGGUUCUGCUCAACUAAAGUUUGAGACUUCACAAAUAUUUGAUCGAUGA